UUUCCGGAUCCGACCAUGAAGUUCACCAAUACCAUCGCGUUCCUCCUUGCUGGAGCGACCACCGUCUUCGCGUCGCCCACUGCCUUCCCCACCGAUGACUUUGACUUGGAAGCUCGUACGGACCACAGCCAGGCCAUUGAGGCCAUUCUCACGCCCAGAACGGCCGAGGCGGCACCCCUGGCCAAGGGCUAUGCUCUUGCUACUCCUCCGGGCAUCCCGUCGGCGUCGGCGGCGCGUACCCUCCUCAACGGGUUGACUGUGGGGUCGCCUGGCUCCAUGACCGGAUACAGCCGAGACCUGUUCAGACACUGGAUCAUCAUACAGGGUAACUGCGACGCUCGGGAGAUGGUGCUACGACGCGACGGAACUGGCGUCAACGUCAACAACGCCUGCCAGCCGACGUCGGGCUCGUGGUAUAGCCCGUAUGACGGGGUGACGGUGACGGUGUCGUCGUCGGUCGACAUUGACCACAUGAUCCCUCUGGCCAAUGCUUGGAUUUCUGGUGCCUCGGGGUGGUCAGCGAGCCGACGCCAGGCAUUCGCCAACGACCUGUCAAUCCCCCAGCUGUGGGCAGUCACGGCGAGUUCCAACCGGUCCAAGGGCGACAGGAGCCCGGAUCAGUGGUCGCCUCCGCGGGCGGCGUUCCGUUGCACGUACGCGCGUAGCUGGAUCCAAGUCAAGAGCUCCUACAACCUCCGGAUCACGAGCGCGGAAAAGACUGCGUUGACCAGCAUGCUCAACACUUGCUGAGUGAAGCAUGAGAAGAGGGACUGAACUUUUCUCGGUGAAUGGUUUGGGACGGGAGGAGUGAGUCCUGAGGAUCAAGGGUCGGGUGUCUCGUUUGGAAUUCUGUCAUUUUCUGUUUUUUUUCGCUUGUUGGUUUCUCAAUCCUUUGUAAGCAAAGUUGUAUGUUUGUCAUUUCUGUCGGAUAGUGCAUAGACGACUAACUGUGAACGAC